CAAUACUUGUGGUUAAGAGUACUUUUCCGCGAAGAAAUUGAAGCCAAAAUGCAAAAGCAACGAAACUGCCACUUUCCUCGAUAGUACUUUUAGCUUCAAUGCUUAUACCAAACCAAAAUGUGAAAAACAAUUGUCACAUUCUUAAAAAUCAUAACGAUCAUUCUAAUUUCGUUGCCCCUACCCACCCCCGGCCGCGGGAAAUAAAAAUAUCUGCUUCAACAAUGGCGCAAUUCACGGUGAGAGGGCGCGUUAAGCCACUGUUCAACGGCGAUGGACUCUCCGUCGGCUUCGAAGUUACCGGUAGUCCUUUAGGUCGCCGCUUUAAAGUUGUACGUGGUGGUGUGCACUGCAGUGAGGCUCCUUGUUCAUCACCGCUACAACUUCAGGAACUCAAACUCCGGUUUUCUGGUGCUCGUAGUAGUACUACCAGAGUCUACGCAAAUGCUUCUUCCUCAUCAAUCGGAAAAUCAAAGAAGUUCCGCUUGAAUGAUCAAUCGAAUGGGAUGAAGGAAGAGGUUUGGGAGGAAAUCAUAGAGGAAACGGAGUUUGAGAAGGAUGAGCUUUCCACUUUCAGAGGCUUGGUCUUGGACAUAUCUUACAGGCCUGUUAAUGUUGUCUGCUGGAAACGGGCUAUUUGCUUGGAAUUCAUGGAGAAGGCUGAUGUUCUGGAGUAUUAUGAUCAGACUGUAAAUUCACCAAGUGGCUCCUAUUAUAUUCCUGCUGUAUUAAGGGUUCCUCAUUUACUUCAGGUUGUCAAACGGAGGAGAAUAAAGAAAGCUCUCAGUCGUAAGAAUAUCUUUUAUCGGGACAACUACAUGUGCCAAUAUUGCUCUUCGGAUGAGAACUUAACUAUUGAUCAUGUUCUGCCAAUUGCCCGUGGUGGAGAAUGGACCUGGGAGAAUCUGGAGCAAAGGAUGUGUAAAAAAGCUAUGUAUUAUAUGCCGACAUUGAUCAUGCACAGAUAUAAAGGACAAAUGGAUUUGGUAGGUAAAAUGUGGAUAACAUACUAGAAUUGUCUCAACUAGUCCGAUGAUGUUGAAAUUCCUUGGGAACAGGACUGACUAGAAUGAACCAAGUCUCAGAAGCUGGAUGGUGCUAGUCUAACGAUUAUUAUUGCGUGAGCACCAGUUUUUGUGUAAUUUGGUUUUGCAACUUGAACUAUCUUGUAAUAUCUCAAAGCUUAGUGAAAGUAUUGCAAUAGAUGAGCUUAAUAAAUAUCAUCUGCUUUGUCAAAAAGAAAAUUUAAAGAUUUAAUUAAUGUUGUAAAUUAGAUUUAUAUUGCAAAACAACAUUUCAUUAUAUCUGAAGUGGCAACUCUUGAAUGAGGCUUCCCUUUUUCCUCAGUUCUCACUUCAGAUAGUGUGUAUUUUCCUCCCCCCCUUCCCCCUAACUUAAAAAGGUUUGAAAUCCUGUUAAUCCAUUUGUCUUGCUUCUGUUCUGAGCUUGAAAGAUGGGAUAUAUAGGCCCACAAGUUUUUCGCUGCUGGAAGUUCACA